UUAUAUUUAUAAAUUUUAUAUAGUAAGUUUGCCAUAAUCCUCCCCUACUAUCUAUCCUCGAUUUUCUGCACGGAACCAAGAAGAAAAACUUCAUAUAGGGCAGCGAGAUAAUGACUUCUCCAGAUCAAAAUGAAUUAGGUGCAAUGGAAACAUAUCUAGAAGCUAUACAACACAAUAAAGUGUCAGAUGAAUUAGACGUUGAAUUUCCUCCACCAUUUGGCUAUGUACGUGAUAUUGAGAGUGCAGAGACUCUUCGCAGACGAUUCGAGCAAAAGUUUGGUGUGCGAUUUUCAACAUACAGACAAAGCAAAGACUACGGAAAAGAAGAUAUCAAAAUUGAUCAUCACAAGGUAUGCUGGGAAGAUGGCUCCAGACUUCGUCAAGGUCACCUUGUAUUUGAUCACAUACCAUACAUUGUGAUUGGUAUAAAGACAUUAGAUUGUCAGUAUGGGAGGGACAGGCAUGUUGCUAGAAAGAAAAGAUCUCUUGCACAGGAAGAUGAUCAAAAAAGGAGAAAACGGUUAUCUGGCAAGAAGGUGGACUGUCCAGCACAAAUAUCUUUUAGAGAUAUCUUGAAGUUCCCAGAUUAUAAAAUCGAGAGCAAUACAGUAUGGAGAAGAAAAGCUAUGUCAGAAAAGCUCAGGAAAUCCCUCUCUACAGGAUCAGAUGUUAAAAUAGAGAGACGAAUAUAUGUCAAAUUUCCAGAAGCAAGUGAUCACAAAUGUGCUGUUGCAGAAGACUAUGUGCCUGAUAGAUCUGUCCUUGGACACCAGGUCUUACAAAGCAGUUCUUGUGUGAGUGGAGGAGGUUCUGAUGGAUCAGGGAUUCAAAGUGAAGUACAGACACAGGUUCUGACUAUGGAGCUUGCUGUGGAAGAUGUAAUGCAUCAGAUGAGCUCUGAGACUACAGGAGUACACUAUAGGGAACCAGACAGAACAUCUAUUCAUAUUCAGCAGUCCCCUCCGUCUACCGAGGCCAGCAAUACCUCGACCACAGCUGCUGAGUGCAGCCAAGAGGUGAUAGUUUCUGACCCAUCAAAUACAGCUGUUGAUGGUACAAAUGCAGCUAGUCACCAGAGGAAAAAGAUGGAAACCUUGCAGCAACUGACUCAUUCUACUGAUCCUAUGAUCCAAGUCGACCAGUGCAGAAGACAGCUGGACGAUUCCCUUCUUUUGAUGCAUCCUAGUGUGAUAAAUCAACAAGAGAGUCAGGUAGAUUCACUUCAGUUGGCCGAGGAUAUCAAUACUACAAACUUAGCCAUUCAAUCUAGGAGUAAGGAAAUAGAACCAUUUCAUUUAUCUGAGGAUGGUGCAGAUCAAGGAAGCGAUUGUAGAAGACAGAUGGUACAUGUAGAUGUACUUAGAUUGAGUGACAGUAGCAAUGAUGCAAACCAAUGUGGUCGUCAGCUAGAUGCUGUUCAAUCGUCUAGGCAAAGUGAUGGCUCAAACCAAGCUAGUCAGAUGGGUUCAUGUCAAUCGACCAAGGAUAGCGAUGGUUCAAACCGAGCAAGCCAAUGCAGAAGACUUCUUGAGGAACUAACUGAAGAGACUUAUACCAUACAAGAUAUAUCUAUCCUAGAUGCUCUACAGGAACAACUCAGAAACACCCUUAGGGACCUACAGAAAGCAAAACAAGAACGGGUUUUGAUUCCAUCAGGACAGACAAGUACAGAUAUACUUGAUUCACAUACACAAUUAGGAAAAUCCUCCAAUAGAUAUAAUAGCAACAAGCCUAGUGGUAAAAUUCAUCCGAACACUACUGGGAAGAGUUGUACGUGCAAGAAUAGAAGUUGCAGAAUUUGUUCUGCAGACGAGAGGGUUGAGUUUGGUGAGGUCAUGCGUGAAGAACUGUGUUCAAACCAGUCGGUGAGUAGCAGGAUCAUUAGGGAAGCACAGGCACUGAUCCUAGAAAUGUUCCCUCUUAUGCAUGGGUUUGAGGAAACCACUCUAGGUAACCAUCUUCUCUUCUCGGCAGCCCAAGGAGAGUUCGGCCAGCUGAUGAACGACGGGAAGGACCACUGGAUUUUUGUCACGUCCAUUUCUUGCGCUCCAGGAACGGUCAAGUACUAUGACAGUAUGGGUGCUCGGACGAUUCCAGACAUCAUACGCAAGCAGAUAGCAUGUAUCGUGUGUUCUCAGGACACCCAGAUCUCUGUGGAAAUCCAACCGGUUCAGUUGUCCAAGGACUUCACCGAUUGUGGUCUUUUCGCGAUAGCUUUUGCUGUGAGUGUCCUGUAUUCUGAAGAUCCGGCAUUGGUUUGUUAUGACAUCACCUCCAUGAGAGACCAUCUCUACCAUUGCUUCCAGAAACGUAGUCUCAUACCAUUCCCAAAGAUUGAUAAGUCCAUGGAGCGAACCGUAAAGAGGACAAUAAGUGUAGACGUGUUUUGCCUCUGCAGGAUGCCCUGGUAUGCUAUCGCAAAGGAAUCAAAGAUGAAGAUGGCCCACUGCAGCAUGUGUGGCGAGUGGUGGCACUCGAACUGCUGUGGCAUUCCUGAUCCGGGUCAAAGAAGCAGCUGGAAGUGUCCUAGAUGUGAAGAUGUCCAGUCGGCAGUAUCUGCUCUCAAUUCUCUUCAGUCAGUAGUCUAUCCAAAUGAAAGCCCAGGACACAGCUGACAAGUGCACUGCCCCCCCCCCCCCUCCAUCACCUAUGGAAAGUAGAAGUUAACUUUAUUUCCUCUAUUAGCAGAUAUGAUGGAAAUUAAGUUGUGGGGCUAAGAUCUUUGCUAUUCUAUGUUCUAUCAAACUUACUGAAUAUGCUUCCAACUGCUGUGGGUAGCUGCAAGAGGCUUUUGCCUGAAUUCACAAAGAAGGUUUUGAAUCUGUUGGCUAGACCAUAGUGUUUGUCAAUACAUGUACAUGUAUGAUGAAAUCAUUAUGCAUAAUUCAGUGCAUACCCAUUUAAAGAGAGUCCAUUGAUUUUCAUUCUCUAAGAGAUUGUGAAUUCAGAUAUGCAGCUCCUAAACUGUGGAACCAAUGUCCAAUAGCAUUAAGAAAGUAAAGUAUUCGAUGUGUGCAUAUCGAACUGGGUAGAUUCAAAGGUCACAUUGGUCAUUACUGAAAUAAGUAAAGUAACGUCUUGCAAUGGUGGAGGCAUUAAUUAUCAAAGCAAUAUUUGUCUCCCCUGCUUAGCAGACCGUGACUAUAGGCUCUGCUUUUCAGAUGGCGGCAGCGACGGCUUCAACAUGGAAAUCUUAACCAAUGUUAAGUUUUUAAAAUGUCAUCAUAACUUAAAAGAGUAAUGGGCCUACUUAAUGAAACUAAGACAUAAUGGUUAUUACGUAUUACUGAACAUCCUUGAGUUUCAGGUCAAAGGUCAUAUAGGGUCAAUUAACUUUCGCCCUGUUGGGGGUAUUUGUUGAUUUCCAUCAUAA